UAGCAUUCCAGAUAAUAAAACAGUAGGCUUAUAAAACAGCCUAACAAUAUGGUACUAAAUUAGGGAAUGUCCUAUGCUAGAAUUGAUGACUUUCCCACAAAGAUUAUCCCUUGAUGACUUUCCAUCAAUGUCACUCCCUGCACACUUUUCCCUUUGAGAAGUGCCCCUUGAUGACUUUGCUCAGCUGGAUCCCCACCACCACUUAAAGGCUGUUCCUUUCCUUUAUGAGCUCAAGUGAGGUUUGUGAGCGAUAAACGUUAGAUGAGGGGUCUGUUUGUCAGUUCUGCUAUCCAUCCAUCCAUGCAUCUAUGACUGUUUCCCUGUCUGUCCAUCCAUCCACCCAUCCACCUCUCACUAUUUCAUUCAUUUGUCAGCUUUCAGGAGCAUAUCUUUACCCAGAAGGCAUUGUAGUCGGAUGUGUUUUUCAAUAUUAAACAGCGCUCAUACUGUUACAGUUUCACAAAUGUACUAAAUGCUCUACUGAAUGAAUUCAUUAGCCCCACGCUACUCCUCCUUCUAUGCUAAUGUAUUACAGCAAUAUCAGAAGCAUAGGAAGCGCACACCCUGGAGAAGGCUGGACCGGAAACGCUCUGUUAAACACGCUGUGAAGGAAACAUGCAAUAUUUGCUGGAAACUGAAUUUAAAAGAGUGCUGACAGUAAGCUAGGGCUCUCAGCUGGGACGGCCCUGAUUUUUCCCCCUUGUUCUUCUUCUUCUUCUUCUUCUUCUUCUUUUUCUUCUUCUUUUUUUAUAUAAUUAUUCUCCUGCCCCAGCUCAGCACACGCCUCUCUGCAGGCUUCGGCUCGAGACCGUUUGGGACUUUGCUCAGCAUGAAAGGGGCGUCGGGUGCGUUCAUGUAUUUUAAUUCUAAGAAAUAACGCCAAUAAACGAACACAAAGAAAGGACAGACUGAUCUGGGACACUGUAUACGCGGUGGCUUCUGAGGACCCAGAGUAGCUCCAGGAUUACAGUGGACGGAUUGCGUUUUCCAGAGCAGGAAUGAAGCGCUCUCUCAUCCCAGUUUUGAGGUCUUGGAUGGUGGGACGACUGUAUGACGAAUGCAGUUACAAACGGGUGGUCACUCCAAGACGAGUGCGAUUAGCAGUGGUCGCAUGCUGGGCAAUCGCCUUCAUAGUUGGCAUGACUCCUAUGCUCGGCUGGAACAAGUUACACAACCUCCAGCAACAAAAUGGCUCUCUCAGCAGUGACUUCAUCAUCACCUGCCAGUUUGAGAACGUCAUCAGUAUGGAAUACAUGGUUUACUUCAAUUUUUUCGGCUGGGUGCUUCCACCACUACUCCUUAUGCUUGGCAUCUACACAGAGAUCUUCUACAUGAUUCACAAACAGUUGAACAAGAGAGUGAGCACGAGCCACAAUGACCCAAACAAGUACUACGACAAAGAAUUGAAGCUGGCAAAGUCACUCGCUCUCGUCCUCUUCCUGUUUGCUGUCAGUUGGCUCCCGCUUCAUAUCCUGAACUGCAUAACACUCUUCUGCCCCAAGUAUGAGAAUCCUAUAUUGCUCCUCUACAUCGCCAUCUUACUCACUCAUGGCAACUCAGCAGUGAACCCUAUCAUCUAUGCUUUCCGCAUUAAAAAGUUUCGCAUUGCAUUCCAAAGGAUCUGGAAGCAGUAUUUUUGCUGUAAGGAGGCACCUCCCAUCGAAAUGCAAAUGAGUGAACGAGUGGAUAAAAAUGAUUACAGCCAUGCUCCUCCACCUGCAUUGCCAAUGGAACACAAUAACAUUUAACUGGAAGACCAGGGACUUACUGAGCAGGCUGGCAUUCUGUCACAUAUGAAUGUAAUAUGAAUGUAAAUCAUAUGCUGACUGCAGUUGUCAGGGUGUGCCCCCAUUCUGCAAAUCAAUAUUAAACAUUAUUGUCACACUGGAAUGGAAACAAGGGAGGGAAAUUUGGAUCAUAAAGAAGGGAAGUAUGAUGUGUUGUACAGGAAAUAAAAAAUGUUUUAUACUUGUAAAGAUGUUUACUGGGUGAUCAAAGGCCAGUGAAACCACAGG